AUGAAAUGUCUAUCAAUUGCAUUCGCUGUUCUCGUGCUUCUCGUCCUCGUUACGUCAAACUCAGAGGCUGCAAUCUCAUGCAGUGAUGUGAUUAAGGACUUGAAACCUUGUGUGAGCUACUUGGUUAGUGGAAGUGGACAACCACCAAGUGCAUGUUGCACCGGAGCUAAAUCUCUUGCUUCGGCUGUAUCAACAUCAGAGGAUAAAACAGCUGCUUGCAACUGCAUCAAAUCUACUGCCAAGAGUUUCAAUAUCAACUCACAGUUGGCUAAGUCUCUUCCAGGAAACUGUGGAAUAAACAUUCCAAUCAGUAUCUCCCCAGAUGCAGAUUGUUCCAAGAUUGGUUAA